AUGUCUGACUCGGACGAAUUCGAGUACGAGUCCGACGAUGAUCCUUACGGUGGGCAAGAGGAGGAGGAUGGGGACGAAGAGGCCAUCCAGAUUGAGAACACCUUCUAUGAGGCGGAUGACAACAAGCAGAAUUACCCGGAACAGGCGCUUGAACAGUUCCAGAGGGUGGUUACGCUGGAGGCCGCCCGCGGAAGCGAGGUUGUCUGGAGGUUCAAGGCGCUCCAAAAUAUCGUAAUCUUGUGCGCCAGAAUAGGGAGGUUCGAGGAGAUGGCCACGCGAUAUCGGGAGCUGCUGAGCUACAUGGACCAGGUGACCAGGAAUGAUGCCAGUGAGGCGAUCAACACGGUGCUUGAUUCUGUGUCGUCUGCCAGUGACUUGACGAAGCUGGAGACCAUUUACGAGUUGACCCUCGAUGCCUUAAAGGCCACAGCGAACCAGAGGCUCUGGUUCAGCACAUCCGUAAAGCUUGCGAAGCUGCACCUGGAGAUGGGUGACGUCCAAAAGCUGCAGCGCCUGGUGAAGGCGCUGCACAGGACCUGCCAGAAGCCGGAUGGCACUGAUGAUGUUAGCAAGGGCUCACAUCUCCUCGAAGUCUAUGCGCUCGAGAUCCAGAUGUGCACCCUGACCAAGAACUCCGUGCGCAUGAAGGAGAUCUAUCCGAAGACCAUCAACCUCACGUCUGCGAUUGCGGAUCCGCGAAACAUUGCUGUGAUCCGGGAGAGUGGUGGCAAAAUGUUCAUGAGCGAGAAGAAGUGGGAGGCCGCCUACAACGAGUUCUUUGAAGCGUUCAAGAACUACCAAGAAACUGGCAAUGCAAGCCGAGCAAAAACCAUGCUCAAGUACGUGGUGCUGGCAAACAUGCUGGCGCUUUCCUCGAUCAAUCCCUUCGAUUCACGCGAAGCCAAGGUGUAUCAGGACGAUCCUGAAAUCAGUGCAAUGGCCUCGUUACGGACAGCAUACGAGCAGAAUGACAUCGGUACGAUCGACCAGCUCUUGACAAAUCCGUCUUACAGGAUUCUGUCUGACACCUUCAUUCGUACAUAUCUGCAGGACUUGCUUCGAAAUAUUCGUUUGCAGGUGCUGCAGAACAUCAUCAAGCCCUACCGGUGUGUUAGCUUGGACUUCCUUGCCAAGGAAAUCAACGUUGCAAAUGAAGAGGUGGUAAGCCUCUUGGUUCAGUUGAUCCUCGACGAGAAAAUCGCAGCUCGCAUCGACGGGAUUGAGGGCUUUCUGCAAGUCAGUUCCGGCCGGGGGGAGAAAGCCAAGCAGUUCACUGGUUUGCAGAAGUGGGUUGACUCGUUCGAGCGGAUUCACAGCAGCCUCCAUACCAAGCUCAAUCAAAUGCAGCAUGGAUGA